AGAUCUACAAUAUCAAACAUCAACAUCAACAUCAAUAUCAUACAUAUAUAUAUAUAACACAUAAUGGUUUCUAGUUACAAUCGUGAUAAACCAUGGGAUACUCCAGAUAUCGAUAAAUGGAAAUUAGAUGAAUUCAAACCAGAAGAUAAUGCAUCAGGACUUCAUUUUGCUGAAGAAUCAACUUUUAUGACCUUAUUCCCCAAAUAUAGAGAACAAUAUUUACAAAGUAUAUGGAGUGAAGUCACCAGAGCAUUGGAUAAACAUUUCAUCAAGUGUGAAUUGGAUUUAGUCGAAGGUUCUAUGACUGUUAAAACCACCACCAAAUCAUUUGAUCCUGCUAUUAUUUUAAAAGCUAGAGAUUUAAUUAAAUUAUUAGCUAGAUCAGUUCCAUUUCCUCAAGCAGUUAAAAUCUUACAAGAUGAUGUGGCAUGUGAUGUGAUCAAGAUUGGUAAUUUCGUUAAUAAUAAAGAUCGUUUCAUAAAGAGAAGACAAAGAUUGGUUGGACCAAAUGGUAAUACUUUAAAAGCUAUGGAAUUAUUAACUAAAUGUUAUAUAUUGGUUCAAGGUAAUACUGUAAGUAGUAUGGGACCAUAUAAAGGGUUAAAAGAAGUAAGAAGAAUAGUGGAAGAUUGUAUGAGAAAUGUUCAUCCUAUAUAUUAUAUUAAAGAAUUAAUGAUUAAACAAGAAUUAUCGAAAAACCCAGAUUUAGCUGAACAAGAUUGGUCAAGAUUCUUACCUAGUUUCAAAAAGAGAAAUGUGGCUCGUAAGAAGAGUAAAGUCACCAAGAGAGAAAAGAAGGUUUACACUCCAUUCCCACCUGCUCCAACUCCUAGAAAGAUUGAUUUACAAAUUGAAAGUGGUGAAUAUUUCUUAGGUAAGAGAGAUAAAGUUAAGAAACAAUUACAUGAAAAGCGUGAGAAACAAGAAGAAGUAACUGAAGCUAGAAAGCAAGAAAGAGAAAAAGAUUAUGAAGCUCCAACUGAAGAAGUAUAUGAAAAUAAGUUAUUAAAGAAGGAAAAGAAAGAGAAGAAGCAUAAGAAAGAUAAGAAAUCAAGUGAAGAUUAAGAAGUAGAAGAAGUCGUAAUUUAUUUUGAAACGACAAUCAUAUAGCAUAGACUGUAUAGCCGUUGUAUAUUAAUGUCAUAGUAUUUA